AUGGCUCCCGCUGCUACCGGCGCCAAGAAGCAGAAGAAGAAGUGGUCCAAGGGCAAGGUCAAGGACAAGGCCCAGCACGCCGUCCUGCUCGACAAGCAGACUUCUGAGAAGCUGUACAAGGAUGUUCAGUCCUACCGCCUCGUCACAGUCUCGACCCUCGUCGACAGAUUAAAGAUCAACGGUUCCCUCGCACGCAAGUGCCUGAAGGACCUCGAGGAGAAGGGCCAGAUCAAGUCUGUUGUCACCCACAGCAAGAUGAAGAUCUACACCCGCGCCGUUGGUGCUUCGGACUAA